CAAAAUGGCGGCAGAAGUGUGAGUUGUGUUUUCGAGUUGCGGAUCAUGGCUCCUGAUCCCAGUGAAUCAUUCAGAGAGCUUCGGCCUGUCUGUAUAAAACUUUCAAAGGAACCUUCACCACAAAACAUCAAAGAUUUGGAGGCUAAACUACGGAUUUUAAAUCCAGCGCACCUCACCCAACUGGUAGAGUACGUGUUGUUUCCUCUAAAACUUGCCUUGCAGAGCGGCAAUGCUACAAACGAAGUACAAGAAACAGCUGUUGGAUGCAUCGAAACUCUCUUUAGACGUGCACGUGUUUGUCAGCUGAAAACAUUUGAAGAAAUGUUUAAUUACAUGUGCAUGCUUCUAAGUUCAAGGGAAGGGGGUCCGGGUCACUUGGCUGACAUUCCCGAAGAACUUAAGCUGAAUGUCGUCAAAUGUCUCUCUUGCCUUCUCCAGAGCUCAUCACUUGUGGUUAGAGGUGCAUUUUAUUCACCACGUCUGCUUCCAGUUCUUGGGCAUUUAGUGAGCAUCUUGUUGGCAUUGUCAGGAAACGAGAAAGCCAGAAAUUUAAGAGUGUGUGCCCUUGAGUGCCUCAGUUAUUUGGCUUGUUGCAGCGAAAACUUUGGUUGGCAGUCAGAGGUCGGAAGCGAUCCUCAGCAGCAAGAUGACAGGCUCGCAUUACAAGAUGCAAUCAAGGAUUCUGUAGCACAAGCAUUUGCUUCAUUUGUACCUGGAAUUUCAACAGCUUUAUGCCGAAUUAUUACAGGAGACACUAAACAAGGCCAUGUGGUUAUUACCCAGGCCAUCUCUGUGUGGGGGGACGUUCUUUCUUUAGUGAUGAAUGAUAAGCAUUUUCCAAUAAAACAAUCAGAGGAUAAAGACAUCAUUACACAACUUAUGUCACUGACUACUGCAGAUAAGUGUAAUGAACCACAAGAAAACCCAAAACAAGAAAUUUCAAGCUCAAAUCCAGAAGGAAACGAUAAACUGCAGCAGUUAAAAGUUGACAGAAGUUUAGAAUGGUUUCAGGAGACAGGAAAAAAAUUAAAAAUUGUCAUUGGAAGACUUAGUAUCAUUUCUGCACACUCUAACUGGAAAGUGCGACUUUCAUUGGCAAAGUUCUGUGACAAACUUCUUGAAAACUGCAAGGACUCAUUAGAAAUUUGUGCAUCCACUCUGGUGGAUCUCUUGGUUGGAUUGACUGAGGAUGAUUAUUCACAAGUGGCAUCACUAAGUAAAAAAGCCCUAAGUAAACUUUCUGAAAGACUUGGAAAUGGUCCCAGCCCACUGAACUCCAUGUUGGAGGAGAAUCUUCAUUUAGCAUUGACAUCACUUCCUAGACUCAUGAGAACAGGGGAUGAUGCUCAAAAAAUCCAAAGCCUAAACCUUGUUCUUGGUUAUUUAAGCCUCCUUGGUAACCGGCUUUAUAACUUGCUGAAUUCUUCGUCUUAUUUGAAGAGACUUUCCCUUGCCCUGAUUCAGGUUCUAGAGUUUGAUGUUGGUGAUGUGGGAAUUGUAGAAGAAAAAACACCAUCUUUGUCAGAAACAGCAGUUCUACCAUCAGAGACUGAAGGACAAAACCCAAUGUCAUACCCAGUAAACCAGUUCACAGCCAGCACAUAUCCAAAAUACCACUUCAAGCAUUUCACAGAUGAAAAAGUUAAGGUGGCUGUGAACCAAAUUUGUCGUACCAUUGGUUACCAUGGCAACCUUCCUCUUGUGGUUGAUCACUUCCUUGACUUGUUUCAUGAAUCAAAGCUGUACCAGAAGCAAGCUGUUUAUAUUUUGAGUGAGAUUGUAGUGGGUUCCUCACAAGGAGUAACAGAUAAUAACACAACUUUUUGUAAUGGGACAGAAGAUGACCACAAACUGUUGAAAAACCAUAGCAAAAACUGUAAAGAGGUUCAUGAUACUGUAGAACUCCUAAUUACUGAGUACAUUUCAGACAUUAACUGGAACUUGGUGACAUCAAAUCCUCAAGUAAUGCCUUCACGUAAACCUGUCGCAGCAGACCCACAUGAUUUCCUCACUGUCAAGAAAGAGACCAAGUUACGAAAAGCACUACCUUUUGAAGUCUUGAAUAGCAAUGUGCAACUCAGCUGUUUGUUGCUGGAAGCAAUUGGAGUGUUUUCCACUGUUAUUCCUUCGCAAUUUGAGGCAUUCUUAAUGCAGGUUCUUUACCCCAUCAUGGCUAAGCUAGGAAGUGACAAUGCCACUGUAAGUCGCUCAGCAUAUGAGACUCUGGUGAAGAUUUGCCAGAGCUGUGAGUAUGAAUCAGUGGAUGACCUGAUUGCCAGAAAUGCUGACUACCUAGUGAAUGCUAUAUCUCUGGAUUUCAAGUAUGUUUUCAUGAACUGUCAAGCUCCUUGUGUGCUAAGAGUGAUGAUCCAGUACAGUAACCCAGGAAUUCUUUCCAUUAUCGAGGACACCCUCAUGGAUAUAUUUUCAGUUAUUGAUCUCUAUCCUGAUGAGUUACUGUACCUUUUGAUGAAAGUGUUAAAUGUCCUGGUUCUUAUGAUAAAGAAGUGGUUUCCAGCUCCAGUUAAAGAAGAAGUGAUCAAGGAGCCUAAGGAAGAGAAAUCAAGUAGCAUCUGUCAAGAGGGUCAUAAUUCUAAGUUUGACAAAGAUGAGGAUACUAACACAUCACCAGACCAGAUACGGCAAUAUUUCCUGGAUUAUCACAAAAGAAAGCAACAAGCCAUGGGAUAUGUGGAUGAAAAAGACCUUGAGGGAACAGAAGCAAAAGAAUGGGAGGAAAAGAUUGAAGAGGAACAGUUUGAGGCAGACAAGAGACCUGAAGUGCCAAGACAUGUUAAAUAUGUAACAAUGGUGCUGGAAAAGUGUGUACAUUUCCUGUCAUCAAAGUCUCCAUGGCUACGUCUCUUAGUGCUGGAUACAAUUGACAUUGGCGUUCAAGCCAUUAGCCAGUCAGAAGACCAACUCCUUCCCAUGAUUCAUCGCCUGUGGCCACCAAUGGUUAAGAGAUUCACAGAUGAUGAACAGGUGGUAACAAUCAAGGCUGUUUCUGUCUUGUGCACCAUGUGUGAAGCAUCAGGAAGCUUUAUGUACCGUCGAGUUAUCAAGGACACCAUUCCAUCCAUGAUUGCUUUUCUUGAUAAACAGGCAUCAGUGAGCCUAAAGGCCGGCCCAGUCUACUCUCAGUCUCAGUCAUUCAAGCAGCAGCUGGCCAUGUUGAAGAGCCUGGGUCGGUUGUGUAAACAGUUAGAAAUUGGUGAAACAAUGCUUUGUUCUGUAGUGUGGGUUUGUACCCAGUACCUCAGCUGCCGACAGCCUAAGCUACUUCAACAAGCAGCAGUUGAUGCAUUUACAGACUUUUCGUCAGUUGAUCCAGACUUAAUCUGGCUGAGUUUGAAUGACCUGUACUGCCCAGGAGAGCUUACUCCACCACAUGAAACAUUCCAGCCAGUCCUACUGGCAGGAGUUCUUCCACAGUGCAAAGAAUAUGCUGAGAAUGUGAACAUGCUGUUAUCCAGCCUGUAAAUAGCAACAGUAUCGUGGACUUUUUGUUGAACUGGUCUUGAACUUGUUCUGAGGAGCUAUUGUUCUUGUUACAAUUGUUGGAAUCCCCCCCUGUCCUCCCCUCCCCUCCCCUCUCGUUAAUGUUGGUAACAGGAACAUGAGACUCCCUGUAAAAAGCUUCACAUUGAGACAAUAGUAGGGUGUUUCAACAAAACUUGAUGAGAUUUAGAGUUUGCUUUAACAGCUAUUGAAGUUUAUUGUCCACGUUGUAUUCAGAUUUCUUUAUUGUUAAAUGUCCGCUCAGUAGAGUCAAGUUAUUAAAUCUUUCUUGGUUUUAUAAAUAGUUAUUGUUUCUGCAAGACUAAGUCAUGCCGAAGGUUCUUUGGUAUCAAACAGCCAACAAAUGAUAACAUGUAGUGUUCAGGUAUAUCUAGCAAUAGAUUUUGACUGUCUCAUCCAACUUCUAUCAGAGGAUGUGUUUAUUUUAUCUACUGACCCUGCCUUGGACCCACACUAAAGUUCUUGUUUUGGC